GCACGCGCUUAUCGAAUUUAGGUUCAUUUAUUAUUACGCACAGCAGUCCCCCUGUUUCUUUCUGGGUAUAUAGACUACAGAUAUUCUUGCAAAAAUGUAAAAAAUAGCGGAUAAUUGCAAGUUUAAAUUCAAAUGCGCGUUUGAAGCAGCUGUUAAUAAAUGAGCGUCAAUAAGGAACCAACACAACUGGAUUGAAUUCAGCCUUGGUAACCUUAUAUUGAACGAAUUCAAUGUUCAUAUUUAAGAAUUGUUUAUAAUGUUGCUGUUUCUGUUGUUUUAAUUCUAGGCCUAUGCAACUUUUGUGAUUGCUUAGUCAUAACAUCAGGUUUAAAGUUUUUUUUUCUUUUUCUUUUUCUUUCUCAAGCUGCAUUGAUUAGGCUAUGCUGUACAAUUAUGCGGAACUUUCAAAAUAUGCAAAAUUCGAAACCAGGCCGAAGCACAGCAGCAUGUUUCCAACAGUGGAAAUAAGACUCUUGAAAGUAAAAAGAGAGCUUUUUAUUAUUAUAAUGGAAUCUGUCUCACCAGUGGCGCGUGCAGGGGCUAUUGAUAUGCACAUUUACUGGAAGGGUGACGCUCGUUCUCUCAAGCGCACACGUGCCCACGGAAGUCUAGGUGUCAGUGAGCGUGCACCAUCAGUCCUUUUGAUCUAAGAUUGGCCUGAAUGUCUUCAAUUCGGUGGAGAUUAUAUAUUAGCUACAGUUAAAUGAUCAAACGUCGUUUAAUAUUAAACGACUACAGCCUAUAUGACCUUUAACAUUACAACAACUUUUAAUAUUCCAACCUAUAUCUUUUUAGUGUUUUUAGCUGGGAACAAACUGUGCACGAGCGCUUCAAUGAUUAGUCUGUGACAGAGAGUGGGCGUGGCUUAUCACCACGCGCCUGGGAUGCCUAUAAAUAUCUGCGCUCAGCUUCAGACUGCAUCUCACAGUUGUCUGCACGCCUCGAGGAGAGCUCCCAGCAUACCUACUAGAAGAGAACUUUACUGGAUAUAAACAUUGCUUGGAGUGGAUGUGCCAUGAAAAUCCUUGGAGAAACUGAGACCAUUAAAAUGGACAGAAAGCUGUCGAAGCCUCAGGUAGAAAGACGAAGAAGAGAAAGGAUGAAUCGGAGUCUGGAGAACCUGAGAAGUCUUCUUCUGCAAGGCCCUGAGCACAAUAGUCCUUCUCAAAGAAGAAUAGAGAAAGCAGAGAUCCUGGAAUACACUGUCCUGUUUCUGCAAAAAUCUGUCGCUCAGGCCAAGAAAGCAAAGGAUGCGGAAGGAGGAGAAAAACGUCAGUUUAUGGACGGCUUUUCUUCAUGUCUUCAGAAAGCGGCCCGUUUCCUGUCAGAUGAAGGUGAUUCCUGUGGACUGGAAGCAACACUGUGUCAGCGUCUGACUCAACCCUGCAUGUCAACCAGCAUCAGACUGCCUGUCAGAGUCCAGAACUCCUCCAGAACGCAGCUUCCAGAUUCACAGAGCUCUGUUUGCAAACAAGGACUUCCGUCAGCAUGCAGGAACAUUGUGUCACACCCUGCCAGGAAUCCAUUCAGAAGCACAGACUCCAACACACUGCAUGCGACAGCCCGGCCAACCUUUCAGCACCAAGAGCCAGUCAGACAGACAGUCUGGAGACCUUGGCCUUGAGAGAGAUCAAGGCAGAGAAAUGGACUCAAAAUAGCGGGCUUGUGUAAUAAUAAGACAUGUUUAUUUCCACAAAAAAUGUUGUGUAAUGAUUGUAUCAUCUGACAUCACAUUGGAAAUGUAAAAUGUGUAAAUAGUUUAUGAUAAAUUAUGGCAAUAUAUUUUUACACUGUUUAUUUUUUUCUUUUUUGCAUGAUCUGUGCUGGGUGUAUGAUCAUAUGUAAUACAUAACUGAUGUAUGUAUUUAUCUAUUUUGCACAUUUAUUUAUUCAUGACAUUCCCUUAGAGAUUGAAACAAAUACAUUCCAUCAUUAAAAUUUUAAAA